UGUCAGUUGUAUAUUGUGACGUCAUACGUUACAUUUUACAAAACAAUUUUUUGCGGUGUAAAAUGAAGUGUAAAUACUUCUGAUAGAGUUGAAUCUGUAUCUAAACGUACAUUAGUAUUAGAACUCAAUAUAUUCAUUUUUAAAUAGAAAAUUAACACUCUCUUGCAACUUUCACCACAAUAUUUAACCUAAAAAUUAUCGCAAAAUGUCAACACUAAAAACAGUUUGGAAUUGCAUGUUUGGACCAAGAUUAAUUAAAAUAUACGGAAACGAAGGACCUGUCGAGAAAUUCUACCAACCUCACAGUUUCGAAAAAUGGGGCGAUCAAGUUAUACAUUCUUUAUACGUUAUUUGGAAAAUUGGAGUAUAUACCUCCCCGUUUUUAGUGGGGAUUCUUUACCAACGAGGUUAUUUCACCGUUGAGGAAUUGGGACCAUUUACGAAAUUAGUUACUAGUAUAAGUGUUAUUCUCAUAGUAUCGUACUGUUGCAAAGGUUUGGGUAGGUUUAGUAACCCAACUUACUUAAACUUUUUAUCAACACUGGAAGCAGCAAGAAAAGAACUGACCCCUGAAUCAAAGCAGCAGCUCUCUUUGUACGAUUUUGAUUUCCACAGCUGGCCUGUAGAAUUUGAUAUGCGUACUUUAAAAAAGGAGAAUACAAAGACAUUUAUUAAUAAACCAGUUCUUCACCAAAAUGUACUGCAAUAUGUCACGCAAAUACCGUUUCGAAUUAUUGCCUAUGUAGCAAUCCACACUUUUGGUAUUAGAUUAAUAUACCCAGGUACCAUUGGAAUUAUCCAAAUGAUACUAGAACAGAGUCUUCUCCAAGGCAGAUCUAGGCUGAUUGAACACAACCAAGGAGAACGAUACAAACUGCGCACUUGUGACAACAACGACAUCGAUACUAUGUUCAUAGACAGACGCAAGAGUACCCAAAAUGGCAAUACUUUGGUUAUUUGUUCCGAAGGAAAUGCAGGUUUUUACGAAAUUGGAAUUAUGAUAACAGCCAUAGAAGCAGGCUACUCAACACUUGGAUGGAAUCAUCCAGGUUUUGGGGGUAGUACUGGCAAGCCAUUCCCGACACAAGAACAAAAUGCAGUCGAUGCUGUACUACAGUUUGCCAUUUAUAAACUAGGUUUUAAGCCUGAAAAUAUUAUACUGUUUGGGUGGAGCAUUGGGGGAUAUGCAACAUCGUGGGCGGCCAUGAAUUACCCUGAUGUUAAAGGAGUGAUUGUUGAUGCUACUUUCGAUGAUCUUCUUCCAUUGGCCCUAAAUCACAUGCCAUCUUGGUGGGAGUCCAUCGUCAAGCUAGCUAUUAGAGAAUACAUAAAUUUGAACGUCUUUGAACAUCUCGCGAAAUAUCCAGGGCCAAUUCUUAUCAUCAGGCGGACGGAAGAUGAAGUUAUCUGUCUUAGAGAAAACGAGUUGUCUUCAAAUCGCGGAAAUGACUUGUUAAUAAAAUUACUACGUGCAAGGUAUCCCUAUAUUUUUGAAGACAGACAAAUCGAUUUAUUGAAACAUUAUCUAUCCGUGACGUCCGCUUCUCAAGACUUGUUUUUGAAAAAAUACAACGUGAACGAAAAUGUAUGCAACUCACUUUUGCAAACUUACAUUUCCGAGUACUCCAAGUCUUUUCCAAUGAAAAUUGGAGAAGACUUCCAGGAUCACGACAAGAAUCAGAUGGCGCUGUUUUUGGCAAGGAAAUACAUGAAAGAUUUCAAAGCUACACAUUGCACUAAUCUACCAGCUGAAAUGUUUCAACCACCUUGGGCUGUCAACGUAGAGUUUGAUUUUGUUUUCACUUAAAAUGAGUAACGAAUCUGGUGAUAUGAAGUUUUAAAGUAUCCUUGGUAUUUGUAAGAUUUUAUGAGAAUAUUUUGGUGUAAUAUGAAAUAAAUAUAAUGUAAAAUGUGAGGGUUUGAUUUAAGGUUUGUUGUUAUUUUAAGCUUAGAUAUUUUGUUAGUAAAUUAUUAUUUUAAAUUUUUUGUUUACCAUGUUACAUAAAUAUAGUUCUUAUUCCAA